AAAGUGUGUAGGCAAUAAUCACGAUGAGUGAUUUAAAAAUUGCUGUUGUCGGUUCUGGUAUAAUAGGCCUGACGACCGGAAUUGAGUUAUUGAAGAGUGUCAAUAAUGCAGAAAUUACUAUUAUAGCCGAGGGCUUCAACACAGAUACCUGCAGUUGGGCAGCUGCAGGAAUAUUUCGACCGGGUCACGGUUUUAUAGGGCCCAAUAGGGAAAUUACUCAAAAGUGGAUAGACGAUUCAUUUUAUUAUUGGAAAAAUAUAAGAGAUAGUGUUGACGCUGCAGAAGCAGGUGUAACAGAAAUUUCGGGAUAUACAUUUUCAAACAGAGAAAAAAGUAUCGUUAGGAAUGCUUUCAUUGAGAAACUGGUACCUAUCUACAGGAAAGCAACCGAAAAAGAAUUAACAACUUUGUGCCCAGAUACUUACAAAUAUGGAUCAUUUUAUAAAACCCUUGUUACAGACUCUACCGUCCAUCUGCCAUGGGCAACAAACAAGUUUAAGUCUUUAGGGGGAAAAGUAAUAAAUCGGCGUGUUGAUAAUUUAGUAUCUUUGGGAGAUCAGUAUGACAUUGUGGUGAACUGUACUGGUUUAGGGGCAAAAAAAUUAUGCAAUGAUCCAUAUCUUACUCCAAUAAGGGGACAAGUUAUAAAGGUAAACGCCCCAUGGAUAAAAAUGUUCUUCUACGCUGAAAGCGAUACCUACAUAAUUCCAGGUUUUAAUCACGUCACGCUUGGUGGAACUCGCCAGUACGAUUCUUAUAAUACAGAAGUAGACAAAUACGAUGGCAUGUCGAUAAGAGAGAGGUGUGAGAGAUUAGUACCUAGCUUAAAACCAGCCACAGAAGUACGACAGGUUGUAGGUUUGCGUCCUCAUCGAACAAUUGUAAGGGUGGAGAAGGAAAUCUUACUUACUGCAGGUGGAAAAAAAGUGAAGGUUGUACAUAAUUAUGGUCACGGUGGUUACGGAGUAACUACUGCUCCAGGAACAGCGCUAUAUGCUUGUGACUUAGUUAAAGAGAUAUGGGCUGGAACUAGCAAGCUAUAGAUUAAAUUUUGUUCUGGUUAUCGGUCUUAUAGAAGCAUUUCUGUGAACUUUGACUAGAGGAUUUUUAAAAACUUAAUUCUUGCCAAAAAUUAAUAUAUGGUUUGAUAGUUCUUAAUGCCAAAUGUUCCUUGAUUUCCUUCACAUUUGUAUAAAUUAUUAUAUAUAUGUAAUAUGGUCAUUUUCAAUUGAAUGUAUAUAGAUAUACAUACUACUUGAAAUUAAACCUAAUACUUAAUGGUUAAACUUGAUUUAAAACUGCUU